AUGGCCCAAUCCCUCAUCACCCGCCUAAACACGGCCUUCUCCAGCGGCUCCCCCCAACAAGUCGCAGCCCUCUUCAGGUCAGACGGGUACCUCAAGGACAUCCUCUGCCUCCAGUGGGACUAUCGUGCUCCUCAGACGCCGGGGAACAUUGAGAAGUUCCUGAAUGAGUGCGGGAUGAGCAAGGAGAAGACGAUCAAGAACUUCACGCUUGAGCCUGCUUCGGUGGCUGAUAAUGACUCGUUCCCUGGCGUGCCGUGGUUGAUGGGCUUCUUCACCUUUGAGACUAACGUAGGACGUGGUCGCGGUGUCUUCCGCUUGCACAAGGAUGGUAGUCAGCAGCCCAAGCUGCACGCCCUCUUCCUCGGUCUCGAAGAGCUCAAAGGCCACGAGGAGAAGAAGGGCUCUCUCCGUAUCCGGGGCACCGAGUACGGCGAAGAGCGAGGCAAGGCCACUUGGCAGGAGAAGCGUGAGCGCAAGAAGGAGUUCCUCGACGAGGAGCCCGCAGUCGCCAUCGUUGGGGCUGGUCAAUCCGGUCUGAUGCUCGCUUACCGUCUGGGCCAACUCGGAGUCCCUACGGUCAUCCUCGACCGUAAUCCGCGCAUCGGAGACAAUUGGCGUAAUCGCUACAAGUCCCUCGUGCUGCACGACCCAGUCCAUUACGACCAUAUGGCCGGUUUGCCCUUCCCUGCUCAUUGGCCCAUUUAUACGGCCAAGGAUAAGCUGGCGAACUGGUUCGAGUUCUACGCCGAGACUAUGGAGCUCAACGCGUGGAUGGGGACAUCCAUCGAUCGCACCUCCUUCGACGAGGCAAAGGGAGAGUGGACGGUCGAUGUCACGCGAGCUGACGGAAGUAAGCGUACCAUCCAUCCGAAGCACAUGUGUCUCGCCACGGGCCAUUCGGGAGAGAUGAACAAACCCACCUUCAAGGGGCAAGAGAACUUCAAGGGCCCCGUAGUCCAUUCUUCCGAGUUCACAUCCGGCGACAAAUACCAGGGCAAGCGUGCCCUCGUCGUCGGCGCCAACAACUCCGGGCAGGACCUCAGCGUCAAUCUUUGCGAGCACGGCUGGCAUGUCACGCAGCAGCAGCGAAGCAGUACGUACGUCAUGUCGGUGCGCGCCGUAGAGGAGGUGCUGCUCAAGGGACUGUACUCGGAGGAUGGGCCGCCCACGGAGGAUGCGGAUCUCAUCUUUAACUCGUCGCCGAACCCUAUGCAUCUGCCUGUGCAGAAGGUCGUAGCCGACAAGAUGGCUACGGGUAUCGACAAGGACAUCAUUGCCAAGCUGCAGAAGGCUGGGUUCAAUUGGGGCAAGGGAGUUGGGGAUGCCGGCUUCCUGUACUCGUACUACUCCAAGGGCGGCGGCUACUAUCUCGCCACGGGCUCAGAGGACUACAUCUCUGACGGCCGCAUCAAGAUGAAGCAAGGAGUCGAGAUCGACCACAUGACCUCAGACGGCGUCGUCUUCUCGGACGGCUCGGAGCUGCAAUGCGACCUCAUUGUCCUCGCUACGGGCUACCUCAACAUGCGCACUUCGGCGAUGAAGAUCCUAGGUGAGAAGGAAGGGUCCAAGUUCAAUCCGGUGUGGGGUCUGGACGAUGAAGGUGAGCUGCGCGUUGCGUGGCGACCGACGGGCCAUAGCAAUGGGUGGAUCCAGUGCGGGAACCUCGCGCUUAAUAGGUGGCAUUCGAAGAAGCUGGCGCUGCAGAUCAAGGCGAGGUUGGAGGGAAUUGCCCAGUGA